AUGAACAUUCUUGCCACCCUCGCCGGUCUCCCCAGGGAGAUUGGCUCUACGCUGCACAUGAAGCCCGUCCAGGCGUUGAUCUGGCUGGCUUGCUGGGCAUGCUGGACGCUGGGCUCUCUGCAAUACUAUGCCCUCCCGUUCACUCUCAGCACCGUGGCGGAAGCGCUCGACGUGGCGGAAACCAACGUCUCAGAGGCCAACACCACUACGAUGCUGUCCCGUGCUGUAGGGGCAGUCAUCUUUGGUAUCCUGUCUGAUCAAUACGGGCGGAAGAUUCCCAUGCUCAUUGACCUGAUUCUCAUGUGCGGCUUCACUGUCGCCACGGGGUUCUCGCAGACCUUUCCCCAGUUGAUCGGAUUCCGGUUCCUCUUUGGCGUUGCUUACGGUGGUACAUAUGGUCUCGCCAUGGCAACGGUGCUGGAAGCGGUGCCGGAAAAGUCCCGCGGUGUGGUGGCUGGCUUCACGCAGCAAGGCUUCUCGUCCGGGUAUCUCUUUGCAUCUGGCUUGCAUCUGGCCAUGAAUGGCUAUGGUUGGCGCUCUCUUUUCUGGCUCUGCGCGGGUUUGACAGUCCCCAUCGCUAUCCUUCACGCAGUGACCCCUUACUACAGCGUUGCCUCUCCCGCCUCGCAGGACGAAGAGCACGCCGGCGGACCAACCCAAAAUUCUCGCGCGGCUGUGGGAGGAAACCUUCCGUUCCAUAAGAAGCUCGCCUACGUGCUCCGCUACCACUACAAGGCCUUCAUCUACGCCUGCUGUCUCACUUCCUGUCUGGCUACCAUGGGCCACGGCACCAUGGAUCUCUACCCGACCUUCCUCGUCAGCCAACGCAAAUUGAACAUCUUGGAAGAGACCUGGGUGACCUGCAUCCUGCAGAUUGGAGGUAUCUUGGGCGGCGUGGUCGGCGGGUUUCUUUCCCACAAAGUGAGCGCUAAAUGGGUGGCGGCGGGCGCAGGACUGCUGAUCGCUCCGUGGUUACCACUAUGGACGCUGCCCACGAGAUGGGGACUUCUCGCCCUGGGAGCCUUCUUUUUGCAGUUCUUCUACGGCGCUGCGAUCGGUAACUUGGGAAACCUGUUGCAACAGCUAUGUCCUCAUCCCGGUAUCAGAGCCGCCUUUACUGGUGUCGCAUACAACAUCGGUAAUGCAGUGUCGUCGAUCGCACCGACGAUUGAGACGUCGCUGGGAGAGCGGUUCCCGACUGCGGACGGGUCACCGGAUUAUGCGAAGACGCAGAUGAUCCUUGUCGGGAUUGUUAUUUUCUGCUUAGUGUUGACCUUGACUCUCAUGCCGCUGAACAGCUUGAACAAGAGCUGGGACCGAGAGGAUCCCAAUGCCACGGUCCCUGCGACGCAUGCAGAGAUGGAAGUGAUCGAUAAAACCGAUUUUAAAGCACAGGAGGCAGAUGCAGAGAGGGGUGGUUCAACACAUGUUGAGGAUACCAAGGCUUAGUUCCAUGCUUUGUUUUGUAUGCUCAAGUUUUACGGUGGUUGGCGCUUUUGACACGUCACGAGGUGGAAUGAAUGUAAAUCCCGGC